GUCAUCCAGGAAGCGGAAGCGCACAGCCUUUCGGCCAAAGUUUGUUUAGCCUCUUGGCUAAAAACAUCUAAACUUCAGCCAGUUGCCGUGGUUUUUAUGAAACAAUAGUAACUUUAAUCGACUUUUUUGUAGUUUAGAGUUAAAGUACUAUUCGUGCAGAACAAAAGCAGGCGGGAAUGGGGGGAACCGCGAGUAAGUUGCCGAAAGAUCUUCUAUCAGAGUAUCAGGAGCUUACAUUUCUCACUAAGCAAGAAAUCUUACUGGCACACAAAAGAUUCUCUGAACUCCAGGGCAGAGAAAACGGGCCGUACAGCUCCAGGGUGUCCAUGGAGAAGAUCCUUACGCUUCCUGAACUGAAGUCGAACCCCUUCCGGAAAAGGAUCUGUCACGUCUUCUCGACCUGUGACUUGAGGGAUGGCAGCUUGACCUUUGAGGAUUUCCUGGACCUCUUGAGUGCCUUCAGCGAUUCGGCAACGCUGGAAAUCAAGUCCCAUUACGCCUUCCGGAUCUUUGACUUUGACGAUGACGGUACACUUGAUGCUAGAGAUCUGGAGAAGCUGGUGAACUGCCUGACUGGCGAGACGGACGACACUCGCCUCACUGUAGAGGAGAUGAGGCAGCUCAUAAGCAAUAUCCUGGAGGAGUCGGACAUCGAUAAAGAUGGAACAGUGAACCUCUCCGAAUUUCAGCACGUCAUCUCCAGAUCUCCAGAUUUUGUCAGUUCAUUCAAGAUUGUGUUGUGAAGUUUCCACCGAAUAGGAGCGUCUCUGGUCCAGAUUUUUCACCUACGCCUUUAAUCUGUCAAUAAUGUAGCAUGUGAAUGUAUUCUUAUUAAUGUUUCUACUGUUUAUAUGUUUGAAAACAUUUUUUACUCACUCUUUAAAAAAAUCUACUUUCUAUCCUGUAUUUUAGUUCAUAUAUUUGUACCUAAUUUAAUAAACUCUUAAUACUGCAACUUU